AUCAGUUGUGUGUAUAUGACUUGUAGAGACUGUAGAGUAUUAUAUAUAGCUCAGGGUUUCAUGGCCUGAGUUAGCAGCUUUUUAAGCCUUUUAACACAUUCUUAUAUCUUCUCUCUCAAGUCUCAUAUUAUCCUCUGAUCUGAGUACAAAAAUGGGAUUACAAGCUGCUGCACAUUCAUCAUCUUCUUCCAUAGACAGCAGCAACCAUCCUGACCUUGAUGAUCUUCUUCCUAAGCCUUCUGGAUCGUCUUCUUCUUCGUCUCUCUCUCACAAAAUCAAUGGUGGUACUAAUUCUCGUAACAGUCGCAGAAGCACUCAUACCAGAACAGAUUUGAGCACUGAUCUCAGACUUGGCCUGAGCAUAUCACCGUCUCAUCACUCUGACUUGUCUUCCACUACUUCAAGCCCAAGGGAAGAAGCAUUGGUAAGCUGGCCGCCGAUCAAAUCGAUCUUGAGGAGCACACUUUCAGGCAAAUCAGAGAAUUACCAUCAUCAGAAUUCUUCUUUAUUUGUGAAGGUCUACAUGGAGGGAAUCCCAAUUGGUAGAAAAUUGAAUCUGUUUGCUCACGAUGGUUAUGAUGCUUUGAUCACAACUCUGAGCCUCAUGUUCAAGACCACCAUUCUAUGUCCUGAUAAUAAUCAUGUUCAUUCAGAGAAAUAUUAUGUUUUAACUUAUGAAGAUCAAGAAGGGGAUUGGAUGCUGGUUGGAGAUGUGCCUUGGGAGAUAUUCUUGACUACUGUGAAAAGACUGAAGAUUACUAGAGCAGACAGAUGUUAGCUAAAUUAUAUUGAUUUGUUCAUCUUAUAAUUAUAAUUAGACUCAGAGUUGUCUGCCCUAAUCCAGUUUUGCCUUAUUGGUGGUUCGAACUUCAUACUCGAAACACUCUGUACAGCAUCAAUAUUAUAAGAGAGAUUAUACUUGUUUCUC